AUCUCUGCAACUAAUUUUCUAGUCCACCUUUCCACUUCGCAUCAUCUGAAAAUGUUUGUCCAUUUGAAGAAGUCAAAGCAUACUCGCAUUUAGUUUCUCAUUUAUAUAUGUUUCCUAUUAGAAGUAAUGACAUGAACGAUAUUUUGGAAAAUCAUGCACUUUUGCUUGCAUAUGAAUGCAUUGAUCGAAAUUCUCUUAUGGAGUGAUUAUCAAAAGAUGGGCAAUCAAAAUGAAAUAAAGGAUUCAUUAGUUAAGAAAUACUUUUGGUUUCGACAUAUGAUGCACGCCAUUAUUAUUCAAACUCUUUUAAUAUGUGCUUAUGACUGAAUAUGUGCUUUCAUUUUCUUUUUUCAUUAAGGAAUGGUGAAUAGUUCUUCCCAGUUGCUUAUAACCUGUAUUUGUUUUGUUGUUCCUGGUUUUGGAGAGUCAUCAGACUCCUGCUUAGUUUAAAAAAUUAUUUGGAAAAUUUAUUAAAAUUGGUCGAGAUGUUUGAAAGCUGUGUUUUGAAGUAAAUUAUGUUAAAACUUUGGAUCAGCCUCCAUUCAGAAGCUAGGUACUGCUUAACUUUUGUGAUCUGGUUCUGGAUUUCUUUUCUGAAAACUGUCUAGAUUUCUUUUGGAACAAAAGAUGGUCUGUAGAUUAUCGGAAUAAGUUGUUUGCCUUGAUUUUUGAAAUUUUACAUUGUUUUCAGAGAGAAAAAAGGAAAAUAUUACAAACAAAGGCACCAAAGGGAUGCCACCCAUGGGCUGAUGUACAUCACAAAAAGAAAACUUUUUAACACAAGGGAUUGAGUGAAGACCAUUGGUAUUGUGGGUGAUGUCUUAGCAAAAUACAACUCUUCCUUACAGGAGAACAUUGUUUUAUACAUUUUAGGAUGAAAAAAGCAUCAAUAGAACCCAGAAUAAUUGGUUUGAAUUUUGUGCCUUUUGUUUUCUAGAUGAGAUGGAUCAUAUAUGUCCUUUGAUCAACCAGCAAACCAGUACAGGGGAAUCAAUGAAGAUGUCACUGGUAUCCCUAAGAUUCCUCGUGGAUGUCUUAGCAAGAUACACGCUCUUUUCAGAGGAAAAGAUUUGUACAUAUAUUUCAGGAUGAAAAAAACACCAAUAGAACCCAAAACAAUUUAUUUGAAUUUAUGCCUUUCCUUUUCCAGAUGAAAUGUAUGUCCUUUCUGCAAGCAGCAAACGAGUGUCUGUUCAGCUUUUGGGGAAGGACAAGAUUCAAGACAAACUAAGUAGAUUUGAAGAGCUGACAAGUGCUUCACUAGCUUAUCUGGGCGUUAACUCUCCGGGAGCUCCAGGCGACAUCAGUAUAGUGCUUCCAAAUCUAAAGGAACUUGACAUCACUGGGAAUUUGAUCUCAGAAUGGAAGGAUGUUGGCACCAUUUGUGAACAGCUGCCAUCUCUUUCAUCCCUCAAUUUAUCUUACAAUUUGAUGAAGCAAGAUAUCUGGGGGCUUCCACAAUUAAAAAGUAUACGUGUUCUAGUUUUGAACUAUACGGGUAUAAACUGGACUCAGAUUGAAAUUCUUGAGCCUUCAUUACCUGUGAUUGAAGAAUUACAUCUGAUGGGUAAUAGCAUUUCCACGAUGAAGCCGGCUUCAUCAUCUGCUAUCCAAGGAUUUAAUUCUUUGCGGCUUCUGAAUUUAGAGGAUAAUUGCAUAGCUGAAUGGAGUGAAGUCUUAAAGCUUUCUCAGCUGAGAAGUUUGGAGCAGCUUCAUUUGAACAGGAAUAAGUUGACCCAAAUAUUUUACCCUGAUAAUGAUAUGAUAGAGCAACUGCUAAGUAAUUAUAACACUCAUGCGAAAAGCCAUAUUCCGUUUCAAAAUUUACGUUGCCUUCUUCUAGGAGCUAACAACAUUAAGGAUGUCCACUCAAUUGACUCACUGAACUCUUUUCCCGAACUGGUGGAUAUCAGGCUUUCUGAUAAUCCAGUAGCCGAUCCUGGAAGAGGAGGUAACCCAAGAUUUGUUCUAAUUGCACGAUUAGCAAAAGUCGAAAUACUGAAUGGGAGUGAGGUAAGUGCUCGUGAAAGAAAGGAAUCAGAGAUCCGGUAUGUUCGUCUAGUAAUGUCAAGGUCAAAUGGCAGCCAAGAAGAAAUUGAACGACUCCAUCCAAGGUUUUCUGAACUCAAAAAGUUUCAUGGAAUUGAUGAUGAAAGACCAUCUAUUGGAGCAGCUGGCCCCCAGAAAAUGGCUUCAGGGCUAAUAUCUAUCACUCUGAAAUGUGUUGGUCCAUCCAUGGGUGAGAAGCCACAGUUGAUCAAGAAACUGCCAGCAUCUAUCACAGUUGGUAAGCUCAAGAUUCUUUGUGAAAGCUUUUUCAAGCUCAAGUCUGUCAAGACAAGGCUAUAUAUCCAGGAGGAGGGUUCUCCUCUACCUGUACUGCUUGACGACGAAAUGGCAUCUUUGGUGGAUGUUGGAAUUGGCAAUGAGUCAACUAUUCUUGUGGACCAAGAGAAUUGACAGAAACAACUGGAGGAGGUGUUCUAUGUGGCAGAUUGGAUCUUGUGGUGAUCAAUUCUGGACUCAUGAAAGGAAUGGAUUAGGAAGAUAUCCACAUUGGUUGUUACAGUAAUCAGAAGGAAGAAUAGAUGAUUGGAGGUUGAUACUGUAAUCCUAAAAGUUUGAAUAUGCUAUUUUUUUAAUCCACAAAAUGGCUUGUGCUAGAGUUUCAGUUUUCUUGUAUGAGAAAUCAGGCUUCCAGAUUUGGAAAAUGAUCCAUACAUGACCUAAACUUGCCAGAAGGAAAAAAUAUUGGUCCAUAGAUAAGUGGAUUCUUGGAUCCAUCAAGGUUUAUGCUUUGUAAAAAUCUGAUCUGAGCUGACUUCACUUCAUGACUAAAUUAUUAUAAACUAGUUGGUAUGUUAUGUAUAAAUAGUCACUGAAAUUUGGUAAAA